AUGCCCACAGAAAUUGACGAACUGCGGCGCCUUCUUGCAGAGGAGCAACGUCUUCGAAGGGAGGAUAGGGAGCGGACAUCCAAAACCAGCCUACCCACAUUUCUUGAUGGUCUCCAUAAUCACCUCUUCCUCGGUCUUGGAGUUCAGCAGGAUAAGACACAAUCCACGCGAGGAGAUCCCGCAAAUGCGACCAACAAACUUCGCCCCAGAAUACUCAAAGCUUGGGACUCUUUCGCGAAAGAACAAGAGGAUAUUUGGCGAUUGCUGAUGGAUUCAUCGCUUGUGGAAGACAGACUGUUCACUUCUCUUCAUACCCUGGAAGAAACGGGAGAAAGCAUUCGGCGGCAGCUCGUUGGCUCGGAACUUGACCUUAACCACUUUCUUCGCCAGACCGUUGAAGACCACGUUUCGAAAAUCAUCGAAGAGCUCUACAAUGAUCCAACACUACGACAAGUAUUUGGGUUGAGAGGGUCGAUCCGUUUUGAAAACCACUCCAAUACACUGAGCCCUGAGCGGGAACUUGAGGAGGGAAUGCAGAAUAUCGAUAUUCGUGGUCGGCGACGCUCACCGCGUUUAGCUGCGCGAGAACAAAGCGCAUCAAGCAACACAGCGACGCGUGGGCCGAGAACCCCGCCUCCGGCACGAAGCAGCAGGCCUCGUGCCGAUCAAUUCUGCGUCUAUAACAUUCCCAGUCAGUCAUCCGAAUCGAUCCAUCGCAUUGCAGCCUAUAUCAAGGAGUACAAGUCUCCACAUAAGGUGACUCUGGGCCACAUUUAUGAAGGGCUGGAGGAUAUGGACAUCGAUAAAGUGGUUGAGCAAAAAGAAGACGAGACCCCAAAAGUUCGGUUCCAUCGCGCGAUUGCUGGGCUUCUCGUGCAGCCAUAUGACUAUAUGAUUCGCGCUGGUACGGAAAUGGGAGUCCUGAGUACUGGCGAAGCUGAUAUCUAUCUGCGAAUUGGGGAAGAUUCUGGGACGCUUUUGUACCACCUCUCUGUUCCAAAGGGAGAUGUUGGGGACUUCACUGGCUGGGACCCCCAUUCGAGCGGCCCAAAUCGUCUACAUUUGACCGCGGUGGGGCAGUCUCUCGCUUUCACCCUCCAGGCGCUCAAGUUGCGGCCUCGGAACCAGGCUUGGAGGCAGCAAGCAAUCAACUCUUUGCCAAGGUGGAAAGUGGUUGUCGCAGAUAUUCUGGACAGUAUCCCAGAUGAGGAGGUACCGUCCUCCGAAUAUCGCCCUCCACGGACGAAUGGUUUUCUUCGAACGUCUCCGAUACAACUACGUCGCAAGCGACACAAACCGAUCAUUAGUAGUUGCCAGUCAAUAGACGCACAAGGGAAUUCAGACGACGACCAACCUGACCCCCAUACGCCGAGCCGGGAUCCGCGCAUCUAUCGCAACAUCGAACGGAGGCAUCCACCGCCGACCCAUCCAACAUCUACGCCAGCUACACAAGGAUCAUCAGGAGAAAACAACCGGCGCUACUGCACGUUAAAGUGUCUACGCGGAUUGCUCUAUGGGGAUGAGCUAGAUCAGGCUUGCCCCAAUUUCCUUGAUCAUGGCACAACGCGUCACGUCAUAAACGCAAAAUCUUUCAUCAAGCUGUUGCGGCAUCAAUUAUCUAAGACUGUCAAUGCCGAUUGUGAAGUACUGGGUAUACACGGUUCUCGUGGUGCUCUUUUAAAAGUUACGUUAUCCUCGCACGGAUACACUGUGCCUGCAAAAUGCACCGUUCCAGAGUUCUCGGAACACCUUCGGCAUGAAGCUGCUGUAUAUGACCAGCUACGUCCAAUCCAAGGCAUAUAUAUCCCUUUCUAUCUUGGAAGUAUCGACUUGGCCCAUCCGUACAGCUACGACGGUAUCGCAUAUCUUGAACAUAUGAUGUUACUGAGUCCGGGUGGACAGCCUCUCGACCUGGCUCUCAGGGAAAUGAGUCAAGAUUGCUUAAUUGCCAAGAUGAAAGAAUCGCUCUCAGAGAUGCACCGUCUGAAUGUUCUUCAUAGGGAUCCAGCCCCGCGGAAUUGGUUGUACAAUCCAGAAAGCAAAAAGGUGGUAUUUUUCGACUUUGAAAGGGCCGAGAUCAUCGAUUUACGGCCCAUCUUGGGGAUGCUUUCACCAAAUCGCAAACGAAAACUGAUGCCACAUGAUGUGCUUGAUAAAAAGCUACCUUCAGGUUUUGCGGGAGAAAUAAACAAAGCAGUGCAGGAGUUGCGAUGUUGGAAUACACGAGCGAGGUUCCAAUGA